AAUCGCUCGCUCCGAAGCUGCCGACAGUCAAUAAUAUUGAAAGCUGAUUGAAUAAUAUCAACCGGCUUAUGUCCAGUAAGAACGUAUCAAUGGGAGCCUAUAACGAACGGUAGGUAUACUUGCGUAUCAUAAAAUAGAUAAGUAAAGACCGCAUAAUUAAAUUGUUAUAAUGAAUUGUGGAUUUUAAAUGUUUUUUUAAACUUUAAUAUCAGUAUUUGCAAAGGCUAACGACGGUGUAGUAAGCACUGUGUAUUUUAGUUUCCUCACUGGAGAUAAAAGGAUCCUAGAAGACUCUUCUGCGUAAUUGUGUCCUGUCUUCUGCGAGGUAUCCCGACAACCAUCGAUACUUCGCUGAUCAAUCACUAUGGAAGGCGAAGGAAAGGGGUUGACGCUCCAGCUGAUGAUGGCAGUGGGAACAGCUGUGAUUGGCUCGCUGCAGUUUGGCUACAACACAGGGGUCAUCAAUGCUCCCCAAAAGAUCAUCGAAGGCUUCCUGAAUGACACGUGGAACAGCAGGUACUCUGAGCCCAUCCCUACCACAUCCCUGACCACCCUGUGGUCCAUCUCCGUGGCCAUCUUCUCUGUCGGGGGCAUUUUUGGCUCCUUCUCCGUGGGCCUCUUUGUCAACCGCCUGGGCAGGAGAAACUCGAUGCUCAUUGCCAACGUGCUGGCGUUCAUCGCCGCUGGGUUCAUGGGCUUCUCCAAGCUGGCGGCGUCGUGGGAGAUGCUGAUUAUCGGGCGCUUCAUUGUUGGGCUCUACUCCGGCCUGUCCACUGGCUUCGUGCCUAUGUACGUGGGGGAGAUUGCGCCCACCUCGCUCCGCGGGGCACUUGGCACUCUGCACCAGCUGGGCAUCGUCCUUGGCAUCCUCAUGGCACAGGUGUUUGGGAUCGAGUCGAUAAUGGGGAACUCCACUCUGUGGCCCUUUCUGCUGGGCUUCACAUUCAUCCCAGCCAUGCUGCAGUGUAUCCUGUUACCCUUCUGCCCCGAGAGCCCCCGCUUCCUCCUAAUCAACCGCAACGAGGAGCUCAAGGCCAGAGAAGUGCUGGAGAAGCUGCGAGGCACUGAGGAGGUGGGCGCCGACAUGCAGGAGAUGAAGGAGGAGGCCAGGCAGAUGAUGAGGGAGAAGAAGGUGACCAUCCUGGAGCUGUUCCGCUCGCCACUCUACCGCCAGCCCAUCUUCAUCGCCGUCAUGCUCCAGCUCUCCCAGCAGUUGUCUGGCAUCAACGCUGUUUUCUACUACUCCACCAGGAUAUUUGAGAAGGCGGGAGUCUCUCAGCCAGUCUACGCUACGAUUGGUGCUGGAGUGGUCAAUACAGCCUUCACUGUUGUGUCUCUAUUCGUUGUGGAGCGUGCUGGGCGAAGAUCCCUUCACCUCACUGGGUUGCUGGGGAUGGCAUUCUCAGCUGUCCUGAUGACAAUCGCUAUGGCACUACUGGACCAGCUGCCAUGGAUGUCUUACGUCAGCAUCGUAGCCAUCUUUAGCUUUGUGGCCUUCUUUGAGAUCGGCCCGGGCCCCAUCCCCUGGUUCAUCGUGGCUGAGCUCUUCAGCCAAGGUCCUCGGCCCUCUGCCUUUGCCGUUGCUGGAUUCUCCAACUGGUCGGCUAACUUCAUAGUGGGCAUGACCUUCCAAUACGUUGAGCAACUGUGUGGUCCCUACGUCUUCAUCAUCUUCACUGUGCUACUGCUGGGCUUCUUCAUCUUCACUUAUUUCAAGGUGCCUGAAACCAAGGGACGGUCGUUUGAUGAGAUCUCCGCCGGCUUCCGCCAUGAGGCUGGACAGUCAGGAGAAAAGUACGCUCCUGAUGAGAUGAACAGCCUUGGGGGAGCCGACUCAACUCUAAGCUCUCCGACAACACUCCCAACCUCCUUCAAUACUACUGAUAGACUGGGGGGGCAACAUAUGCCUGGGCAUUUCUAGUUUAGGGACGAGUGCCACUCCUAUAGGCCUUCAGAGUCCCACCUCUCCUGCUCUCUGUGGUAAACUGAUGACUGCAGUAUGCAUGGUGUUCCAGGAGGGGGUGAUGAGACUGCGAAUUCACAAUAGAGAUGUAUAGAGAUAGCAACGUUAUAUGUUUCAUUAUGGCGUCUGACAGCAUGGGCAGCACCAUUGAGGCCAUCUCCAUUUUAAAUCUCUAUAGUAUUGAGACAUCUCACAGGCAAAUUUUUUCAUGUCUGAUCAGGUGGUGCAAACGGGGGAGAGGGGAAUAAGUAGACCAGAGCCAGCUAUCAUAAAAGGGCAUUUAUGAGACAUCUUCAUUAUCUUGUUGGUUUAAAUCCUCAUCAGCCUGAAAGGGAAAUAGCUCUUUAUCCUCUUUUGGUCUCUACCUGCAGCUUAAAAGGGCUGACUAGGUUGCUAUUAAGAUAACAAAGUGAAACACUGAAUUAAACAGUGCUUUCCAUUCCACUUAUCCAAUACUUAAUAUCACCACAAACUAUGCAGACACAUUCUCAAUUCCAACUGUUCAUCCACAAUUUACUCCAGCAAACUCUGACAAUAAAAACAAAACCCCCGACCAAUCUUAUUGACAAAAGGUUAUAACAAGGCACCAUAUCCCUGACCUAGCCGAGAUAUUGUAUGUCAAUAUUUUACUUAUUUGUGUCUCGGCUCUUCUGUUACUGAGGAGCAAUAUGAGCUAUCUUUGUUAAAGCAUUCUAUUUACACCAUUAGAAAUUAAUUAAUUAUGAAGCCAACUCUAUUCAUGGAUGUUUGUGAUUAUAUAUCCCUCAAUUAUUUUCUUUAUUAAGUGAAGUGUUAUAUUAUAUCUUAAUAUAUGACUCUGGUAGGACCUAAUGCUUGUAUGUAAUGGAAUACCAACAGUAAUAAUGUAUUUUUAAUCCCUUUAUUUAAUGAAUUAACUUAAUUUAAGUUUUACAAUAGUCUUGAUAUUUGCACAAAACCUUACUGUGACUAAGUGGGACUUAGUAGUUUCAGCACACCAUUCCCUGAAAAUAACCUUACAUUUCCUCAACCACAGUCUAUUGGCAUAAUAAUACUGCACAUUUGGUAUAAAAUGAAAUGUCAAACUAUACUAGCAACAGUGGUGUAGUGGAGUUACCAGCUUUUUUUGCCCAACAGUUUACCAUGGUCUUGUCAAAUUGUUGAACUAGAUCACAUUUUAUUUAAAAAAAAAUAUAUAUAUAUAUAUAUAUUCUCAACACAAUUGAUUUAUAUUCAACAAUAAAAUAGAAACUUUCAAAUUAUAUUGCAUAAUUAGAUCAUGUCAACUAACCAGGCCUAUCAAGUGUAUUAUUGAACUAUAUUUAUAGCAUUUCUGUAUCUGCCCUUUGAUCUGUUUAACAAAUUGUAGCUGUUGUUGAUCCUCAACGUUACUUUUGGAAUAUGCAUUUAAAUAACUCAGCAAAAAAAGAAAUGUCUUCUCACUGUCAACUGCGUUUAUUUUCAGCAAACUUAAUGUGUAAAUAUUUGUAUGAACAUAAGAUUCAACAACUGAGACAUAAACUGAACAAGUUCCACAGACAUGUGACUAACAGAAAUGGAAUAAUGUGUCCCUGAACAAAGGGGAUAUCAAAAGUAACAGUCAGUAUCUGGUGUGGCCACCAGCUGCAUUAAGUACUGCAGUGCAUCUCCUUCUCAUGGACUGCACCAGAUUUGCCAGUUUUUUUUUUUCUCUGUGAGACGUUACCCCACUCUUCCACCAAUGCACCUGCAAGUUCCCAGACAUUUCUGGGGGGGAAUGGCCCUAGCCCUCACCCUCCGAUCCAACAGGUCCCAGACGUGCUCAAUUGGAUUGAGAUCCGGGCUCUUCGCUGGCCAUGGCAGAACACUGACACUCCUGUCUUGCAGGAAAUCAUGCACAGAACGAGCAGCAUGGCUGGUGGCAUUGUCAUGUCAGGAUGAGCCUGCAGGGAGGGUACCACAUGAGGGAGGAGGUCUUCCCUGUAACGCACAGCGUUGAGAUUGCCUGCAAUGACAACCAGCUCAGUCCGAUGAUGCUGUGACACACCGCCCCAGGUCAUGACGGACCCUCCACCUCCAAAUCGAUCCCGCUGCAGAGUAUAGGCCUCGAUGUAAUGCUCAUUCCUUCGACAAUAAACGCAAAUCCGACCAUCACCCCUGGGGAGACAAAACCGCGACACAUCAGUGAAGAGCACUUUUUGCCAGUUCUGUCUGGUCCAGACGUUGUUGCCGGUGAUGUCUGGUGAGGACCUACAAGCCCUCAGUCCAGCCUCUCUCAGCCUAUUGCGGACAGUCUGAGCACUGAUGGAGGGAUUGUGCGUUCCUGGUGUAACUCAGACAGUUGUUGCUAUCCUGUACUUGUCCCGUAGGUGUGAUGUUCGAAUGUACAGAUCCUGUGCAGGUGUUGUUACACGUGGUCUGCCACUGCGAGGACGACCAGCUGUCCGUCCUGUCUCCCUGCAGCGCUGUCUUAGACGGCUAAUAGUACGGACAUUUAUUGCCCUGGCCACAUCUGCGGUCCUCCUUGCAGCAUGCCUAACCACGUUCACGCAGAUGAGCAGGGACCCUGGGCAUCUUUCUUUUGGUGUGUUUUUCAGAGUUAGUAGAAAGGCCUCUUUAGUGUCCUAAGUUUUCAUAACUGUGCCCUUAAUUGCCUACCGUCUGUAAGAUGUUAGUGUCUUAACGACCGUUCCACAGGUGCAUGUUCAUUAAUUGUUUAUGGUUCAUUGAACAAGCAUGGGAAACAGUGUUUAAACCCUUUAUAAUGAAGAUCUGUGAAGUUAUUUGGAUUUUUACGAAUGAUCUUUGAAAGACAGGGUCCUGAAAAAGGGACAUUUCUUUUUUUGCUGAAUUUAUAAUAAUACAAUGGGGUGUUCACAGGGUAACCUUUCAUUCAAAUGAAAUAUUGAGCAAUAAAACCUUUUAUUACGGUAUUUUCUAUCAUCUAUACACCGAAGACUAAGUUUCAACAUUAAUAAGUAGGACAAUGAUAUCAGCAAAUGUGAAUAUAUAUAUACUUUUACUAGCAAAUGUUACAUACACUCCACUUGUAUUUUAGAGGGUGACUGCUUUGUGACUACAAAUGGGGAUUUGUAGUGUGUCCUCUGAUUUUCAGAAGUAUAGCUACUGUAGUCUUUCAGUCAUCUGAGGCAAAACAUUUUGGAAUUUAUUGAUUUUUAUCCUUGUCUUUGAUCAAUACAAUGUAUAAUAAUUUCCCUACUUGUUUCAAGCUGUGUGUGUCCGUGCAUGCAUGCAAUUGUGUCCCUCUCUCUCUCUCUCUUGUGUGUUCUCGUGUACACACCACAAGUCACUAGGCUAGUGACUUUUCUGUAGUGUUGAACACUUCCUGUAAAUAACAUAAAAUAUAAAUAACUGUAGUUGUAAUCCCAAGUAAGCUCUAACUUGUCAAUUACAGAGUGGGGACAUAUAUUAUUUUCUAAAACAAAUAAUUUAUUUGUGAGCUGUACAAAUGUAUUGUAAAAUAAAAAUCUGUGUGUUGUGCCUAGGGGGUGGGGGUGUAGAUUUUUAGCUUUCUUUUUUAUGUAAAAACAAUGUGCCAAGACUGCUAUAUUCACAGUUUUUCCCCUUUUUUAUGAGAUAUUGUAUCGUAGCUGGAUAUUUGUCUCAAUAAAAACAAGCUGCACCCAGGGAA